AUGCCGGUCGACCAAGCAAAGCGGCUCGCAUCAGCAGAGAUCAAGAUCGAAAUUGCCGAGGAAAAAGACGCCUACCGAAUCGCCGAAGGUGUCUACGCCUGCUUUCCAGAAUCCUCGUUAGACAAGAAAGAGCCCCGGCACCUACGCCCACCAACACAUGAAACCCGUGUCCAGCGCCUAGCAAAAAGAAUCCAACCCUCCUUCUCCCAGCCCGGCAUGCACUGGAUCAAAGCCGUCCACAUCCCCUCCUCCACAAUCAUCGGCGCCGCAGGCUGGGCCAGCCCGACGCUUCCCGUGCACAACAUCUUCCGGCGCUCUGCCAUAACUUUCUACGGCUGGAAAGAGAAAAUGGGCUGGAGUGACGCUGACGUUGAUGAAAUGUUCGCGCACGUUGAUGAUCAGGCCUGGAGCGGCAAUUAUGAGAAAGAUGAUGAGAUUAGGAGCAAGGUGGUGGGUGAACCGCAUUGGUAUCUUGCGACACUUAUUACGUGGCCUAAGUGGCAGGGGAGGGGCGUGGGGAAGAGGUUGUUGACUUGGGCGAUUGAGAAGGCGGAUAAGGAAGUGCCGCCUACGCCGAUGUAUUUGGAGAGUUCAGCGACCGCGAGGGCAGUGUAUAUGCAUGUCGGGUUUGUGCCGCAGGGGGAUGUGAAUUUCUUGAGGAGGGGGCCAAGGGUUUUGAGAGGGUUGGAGGCGGAGGUGGAAGAGAAGAAAAUUGAGAAGGUGGAUGUUGAGGCUGUGGCGGAGGAGAUAGAGGCUGACUUGGCUUCUUGA